CCGACGAGAGAACACCGCGCCGCGAGCGCACAGCGGAGAGCGAGCGCGCGGCGAUGGCGCGAUGAAGGCGAGCGCGCGCGCGGCGGUUUGCUGGGCCCUGCUGUGCUGCGUGGGCGCGCUGGCCGCGCCGCGCCACGAGGGCGGGCUGGCCGCGCCGCGCCGCCGCUACUGCGAGCGCGCCGACGUGGCCUGGAGGGCCUACCGCGCCCCCGCCGCCUUCGAGGCCCGCGUGCAGUCCCUCGCGCGCGACGCCGCCACCGUGCAGGUGCACCGCGUGCUGCGCCGCCAGGGACACUGGCCGCGGGACAACUCCAUCAUCAGGCUCAAGCUGCCCAAAGACUCUUUAGAGUGUACCGGACGUUUCGAAGUGCCGUUGAAAAACAGACGUAACUAUAUCGUGUUCGCGGAGAGGCGGGGUCACACCGCCGUCGCGCUGGGCCCGCCGCUCAAGAGGACCGGCAAGUUGAUGCGGAGGAUCCGCGCCGUCUACCAGCCGGGAUACAGUAGUCCAGCGCGCGUGGAGCCAAUGCAGUCAGUCCGGGUGACGCGAGGUAACCGCGUGCGGCUGGAGUGCAACGCGAGUGCGCGCCCGCCGCCGCGGAUAUCCUGGUACAAGGACGGGAACCCUGUCGCCGAUAUCGCGCUCAGGAGGUUCCGGGUACAGAACUUUAGGAGGCGCUCGGUAUUAGUGAUAAGACACGCCCGGCGAGAAGAUACAGCGCGGUACGAGUGCCGGGCGCAGGGUGCGGUCGGGCCGCCGGCGGUUGCGACCGCGAACGUCAGCGUUCUGCCGCCAGUUACUGCGGCUCCUGACACCACGACGCUUGGUGCCCCGUGCCCGAUGCCGGACCCCUCGUCUUACUGCCUCAACGGAGGGACCUGUUUGUUCUUCGAGCUCGUGCAGGAGCAAGCUUGCAAAUGUCCUGAAGGCUUCAACGGGCAACGUUGUGAAAACAAGGACGUGUCGAAUAGGAGCAGUAAAGGCGAGCGGUUAUGGUGACGACAUGAACGAAAGUAAUCGACACAGCUGAUACGAAUCGGAGAAAACAUUUGUAGGUUUAAAGCAAAUAAGCAUUCCCAUGUAGUACCCGUAACUUCAAAAUUUUAGACAUGUUGUAAAUAAAUUAUAAUUAUUCUACAUAAGGAAUGUGGUAAAAGUAAUUGCCGAACGCAAGUGGAGAUGGGCGGGACACAUUGCUCGAAUGAGCAAAGAAAGAUGGACCCGGAGAUUGUUGGAGUGGCGCCCACGAGCAUUCACAAGACCGAGAGGAAGCCCACCAAUGACGUGAAGGACGACAUCGUGCGGCACGCAGGAUAUGACUGGAUGUCGAUAGCCCAAGAUCGUCGGAAGUGGAAAAACAUGGAAGAGGCCUACGUCCAAAAUUGGAUAUGAAUUUAGGCUGAUACAGAUAGACAUAGAAUUAUAACCAGUGCCAACCCACCAAUAUAAUUUAAUUGUAUUCGGAUUAGAUAUUAGGAAUAAAAGUAUUGAAAAAAAAGUAAAACAUGCAAGAUCAAAAAAAAAGUAAAACAGGCAUUAUACUUCGUGCACCCUUUACGACGAAUCAAAUAUUUAGCAAAAAAAAAUACUCUUUAAAUUACUCAAAAUAUUGUAUUGUGUAAUUGUUUUACUUUAAUAGGUAAUUAAGGAUUAUAUUCUAGCUUUUUGUAUAUUUUCCUUUGUACAAUACUCUAGGUAUUUAGAUAAUAACGAAUUUUUGGUGCUUAAAAUUAUAAUUAACGACUUGAGUAAUUCCAUUCGAUGUUCCUGCUCAAAUAAAAAAAUAACUAACUGCGUAACUGCUUUUUUCGAAAGUAACCAAUGUAUUAUUCGGUAGGUACUUACCUAGUUAUAUUUGUAACGUACCAACGUCAUUCUUUGUCAGAGCUUUUAAAAUAGUAUUUUAUGCAACAGUUGUAUAAGAAGGGUCAAAAAAUGCGAGUGGCGUGAGUUGCGAUGUGAGCCUUGGCGAACAUCGCAAUAAGAGACGCCACGAGCAUUUUUUGACCUAGUUAUACAACGUUGCAUACAAUACUUUUUCUACGACGACGUAAUUUUAAACGAAACACAAAAAUUUUCCAAUUUAUUUUCCAACGCGCGGGAAAAUGGCGGCAAAUGUAUACUUUUUUUUUAUAGUAUAUCUAUGGCACCAAACAAAGUAAAGGUGCCAGUUUCCAGGUCAAAAAAAAAAAACAACAACAAUGCUUUUUUGGCGACAUUAUAGUACAGUUACACUUUGUAAACAAUGCUUUUAUAGGCCAUAGAGCGUACACUUUUUCAAAGAGUUUAAUUAUGUAUGUACUUAUAUUAGACUUUUUGGUUAUUUAAAUGCCAGAUUAAAGUAGAGGAGUAGAAAAACUUAUUUAA